UUUUUUUUUUUCAAAUAAUAAGUAAACUAAUAAAAAACAAUGGAAAACAAAUGUCUCAUUAGUUUAUCGUGGAGGAGUACUUAAAAGGUGGAGAAAAUUAAACCCGGGAAUCUGGUAAAAUGUUUGGAGUUUGGAACAUCGUAAAGUACAAUGGGAUGUGACUCCUGCCAGAAACCAAAAAGAUUUCCAAAACGCAAUAAACAAUUUACAUGAUGAAGUUAAAAGAAGAAGAAGCAAACAUCGUUUUAUUUACCGUGUAAAUUUAUAAAUUUCUUUGUAUUACAAUAUAUUGUUGAUCACGACACAAUCAUAUUGUUGAUCUUCAUUGUUUUUUUUUUUGUUAAAGGUAUUGUUAAUCAUAUUUGGUUAUUUAUUGUUUAUGCGUUUCUUUAUUGCUCGAGUAACCAAUAAGACAGAAAAUUAUCUUGCACGUGGGCAUCUACCAAGAUUAAUGUCUCUCAUCAUCGUCCUUGUCCAGAUUAAAACAAAUCCAAAAUACAUAUCUUUAUAAACAUAAUAAGUACAAUAAUUAUCAGAUAGAUUACUAAACCAAUACUUUCUGUAUUGGAUACUUUUGUUUUAUUCUACACUUUGUCUCGCUAUAUUGCCCUUCUUUCAUAAAUUUAUGUUCUAAUCACCACUGAUGACGCUGAUAAACCCAUUAUCUUUCUAGAGCCAAUCAAAUAGUUGUACAAAAAUAAUGACAUAAAAAUAACUUGUUUUCUUGGCCCAUCUUGUAUUUGAGUACACGAAAUUAGUAGGAUAUUUAUUUAUUCUUGGCAAAACCCGGGAUACCUUUGCUAAACUUUUAAGAAAAUCUUGAGUACAAGUUUUAAGUGGUGGUCCAUCCAAGAAACUCAUUUGAACUAUUAAUAUACCCUGUUCAUAUAAUUUGUAAUUUAUUUACGUAUAUGUAAGUAAAAAUUUUAAAAUUAAAGAAAACAAUACGGUCCAAAGUUGUACCCUCUUUACAAAUCAGAAACCUAACACUAACUCUCUCUGUCUCUCCCUCUUACAUAUAUAAAAACAAACCUCUCCAACUCUGAACUCAACUCAUACCUCUAAUCACUAAAACAUACCACAAAAAAGAAACAUAAACAAAUGGCGGCUUAUCUAGAGCGAUGCGACAGUGUAGAAGAAGAUUACAUUGACAUGGAAGUAACUUCUUUCACAAACCUCGUACGCAAAACUCUGAACAACAACUACCCUCGAGAGUUCGAGUUCCAAAUGUCUCAUCUUUGUCCUCUUGAGAUAGACAAAACCACUUCUCCCGCAGACGAACUCUUCUACAAAGGCAAGCUUCUCCCUCUUCACUUACCUCCUCGUCUCCAAAUGGUCCAAAAGAUUCUAGAAGAUUACACCUUCGACGACGAAUUCUACAGCACUCCUUUAGCCACUGGAACGGUUACAACUCCGGUGACGAGCAACACUCCGUUCGAGUCCUGCACCGUCUCUCCGGCAGAUUCUUGCCAAGUGAGUAAAGAGCUUAACCCUGAAGACUAUUUCCUUGAAUAUCCUGACUCAUUGGGGGAGGAGGAUGAGAAGAAGAAACCUUGGACCACGAAACUGAGAUUGAUGAAGCAAUCAAGUCUUGGAACGAAGAUUAAAGCUUCGAGAGCGUAUCUUAGAUCUUUCUUUGGUAAAACAAGUUGUUCUGAUGAGUCAUCAUGCGCGUCUUCCGCUGCAAGAGUUGCAGACGAAGAUUCGGUUUUGAGGUAUUCGCGAGUGAAGCCUUUUGGACAAAUCAAAACAGAGAGACCUAAAAAACAGAGUAAUAGUUCUGUUUCCGGGAGCCAUAGGAGAUCGUUUUCAGUUUCUAUGAGGAGACAAGCUGCAAAGAGUUCGAACAACAAAUCAUCGAGUAGUUUAGGGUUUCGUCCGCUGCAGUUUUUGAAGAGAAGUACGAGUUCGAGUUCUGAGAUAGAGAAUUCUAUCCAGGGAGCUAUCUUGCAUUGCAAGCAAUCACAUCAGCAGAAGCAGAAACAGUAUAGUGUUAAUGAGGUCGGAUUCUGUUCGUUGUCAGCUUCAAGAAUCGCAGCUAGGGAUGAUCAAGAACGGGCUCAGAUGUUUAGGGGCUAACUAAAGAUAUCGGACAUGCAGAAAUAUAAGAAGGAAAUAAGAGUUGAGUGAGAGAGUGAGAGAACUAGAGAAUAAAUUCUUUGUUUUCUUUUGUAUUUUUCCUCUUAUUUUGCUUCUUCUUUGUUUUUCUAUGAGAUUCCAUAAAUUCCCAAUGCUUCUUUAGAUUCAACUCAUGUUACUUGUGAUUUGAGGUUUUUUUUUAGAUUCGACUUGAGGUUUUUUUAGAUCCGACUCAAAUAUGUUCGGAUUUGUAAAUCAA